AUGGAUUUCGCAGGACAAAGGCCAUCAAUAUCUCCAUCUGAUGAAAAGAUGUAUCGCCUCGUUAUAAUGCAACAGCCACGUAUUGGAAGGACUUGUGGUCACGUUGAUAAGGGCGACCGACGAGUCAUUGAUCCACCACCCAUACUGCAACUACACAUCGAAAACCGUCACACUGGUCGUCCUUAUCAAGCAUUUCUUGAACCCUCGUCAUUCAUUCUCUACGCCAGCAUUGGAACGCCAGAAGAAUUCAGACGUGGCAGCCCAAUGCAAAACAAGUAUGCAGCGGGAUCCCUAGCUGCCAAUUUGAUGCGACUCAAAGAUCCAGACAAUGUCGAAGGUGCAUUUUUCGUCUUUCCUCAAUUGGGAGUGAAGGUCGAAGGGACUUUCCAAAUACGAUUCAACUUGUUUGAGAUUGAUGGAUCUAUGGUGCUCCCUCGAGCUCAGAUCUUCUCGGAUCCCUUCAUCGUUUACAGCCCUAGGCAGUUCCCUGGUCCAUUCGAAUCGACCUUUUUGAGCCGAACAUUUGCUGACCAAGGAGUCAAGAUCCGUAAGAUGCUGUCACCAAGUGACGACUUGUAUGACGAACCAUUCAUGUCUCAAACACCACAAAUGGGAGCUCCACCACAUGUCAUGACUUAUCCAAUUGUGCAAAACGCUUCACGUUAUUCGUAUGAAACGUAUCAGUAA